AAGGGUAACAUCCGCUGUAGCCUCUGUCCUUUCCUGUUAGCUAACAUUGCGCUUUCAUGUCAUACCACAUUUAGCCUCAUAUCUUUUUAAUACAUUUGGACCGUCUAUACUAGUUUAACGAUCAAACACAGACAUGGCAGACGCCAUUCAAAAGAAGCUGAAAGCUGAAUUAGAAAAAUAUACAGUGAUUCAGAAAGAUGUUAGCAAGAGCAUGUCAGCCAGACAAAAGCUGGAGACGCAGCUGACAGAGAACAACAUUGUCAAAGAGGAGUUUGAUCUGCUGGAUAGCACAAACACAGUUUAUAAGCUUAUCGGUCCAGUAUUAGUGAAGCAAGACCUGGAUGAGGCCAAAGCCACAGUCACAAAAAGGCUGGAGUACAUCAAUGGAGAGAUUCAAAGGUAUGAAACGCACCUGAAGGACUUGGAAAAGAAAUCUGAGCAGCAUCGAGAAGUCUUGGCCAGUUUACAGCAGGAGUUUCAGAAAGCUCAGGGCCUGGCUGUUGGCAAAGCCUGAUCAAGGCUUACAGCUGCAUGCUCUCUCUCUCUCUCUCACACACACACACACACACACACACAGAUUACAUAAAAGUGGCUAGUCGUAAUGUAAUGUAAACCUACAGCAUAAAGCUGAGUAAAUUCUGCUUGUAUCUUGACUUUCGUUGGCAGUGUGUUGACUGUGACUUUUCUCUUGUUACUAAUAAACAUGUUUUUCACGAA